GUGUGUAGUACCUUUUAACGAAAUGUGUUAAAAGCACGUCACAAUUAAAAUAAUAACUUAGUAAUAGAUAUUAGCCUAGACAGAGCGCGUUGGGCUCGCGACUUGUCGCCAAAUAGUUCAUUGCGUGGAGGCCAAGCGACUGGCCGUGAAAUCGGGUGCGCGCAAAAAAUAUUGUAAAGCAGCAAAACUAUCUUUGGAUUACUCACUCACACUUCGCACUCCUCACUAUUGGAAAUAUUUCGCAAAAAAUGGCAAUGCUUCGGAUCCUUUUAGGAUUAAUUAGCAUCAGCUUAGUGUCAGCUGCCAGCUUAAAUCUCACUGUGGAUCAAGAAACGGAACUCGACUAUUCAACGACUGAAUCCGUAUCUACAACCGAUAGUCCUGCAGAACAGUUAGACAGCAACUGUCCCACACUCGUAAAUUCCAACGCCUUAACUCAAACCGAACUCAUUGCACGACUCACAGAUAUUUGUCGCUACGAUCGCACUGAGCCUCCAAUCUCAGUAAAUAAAGCAGGAGACAUUGAACCCGUGGAAGUCUUUGCGCGUUUCUACAUAAGUGCACUCAAGGAUCUGGAUGCUACUGAUCUGCAAUUCCUGAUGCAAGGAUUACUCCAGCUGCGUUACUCCGACUCUCGUUUGGCAUUCGCCAGCUAUGCACCAAACCGCGUGCAGCCUUUGGUUGGCGAAUUCGCACUCCGGGAGAAGCUUUGGGUGCCGCACAUCUUCUUCAGCAACGAAGUGAGCUCCAAUAUUCUGGGCACCAAUGAGAAGGAUAUGCUGACCACCAUCUAUCCCGAUGGCACUGUGCUCAUCUCGUUCCGAGUGCAAGCUACUUUGUACUGCUUUAUGAACUACAGGAAAUUUCCAUUCGACGAACAGAAUUGCACCACAAUCCUCGAGAGUUGGAUGUACAACACAUCGAUGUUGGAGCUGCACUGGGAACCCAACAACUCUGUGACUUUCCACUCGCAACUACAGCUAACUGAGUUCGAUAUCGAUGGCUAUGUGGCCAACGAAUCCAUCAGCAUCUCGGAUGAAUUUUCCAUGUCACAUGGAGCUUUGAUAGGCAACUACAGCGGCUUAAGUUUCAGUGUGCUUCUAACCCGAGAAGUUGGUUAUUACAUCAUCGAGUACUUUGUGCCCUCGAUAAUGAUUGUAGCCAUCUCUUGGGUCUCCUUCUGGCUGCAGGCAGAUCAAACGCCAGCACGAACCACCUUGGGUUGCACCACCUUACUAUCAUUCAUCACGUUGUCGCUGACCCAAGAGAACAAUCUCUCCAAGGUCAGCUAUGUAACCAUGUCUGAAGUUUGGUUCCUAGUCUGCACCUUCUUCAUCUUUGGCAGUCUUAUGGAGUUUGCGUUUGUCAACCAGAUCUGGCGACGUAACAAUAAUUUGGAGCUGAAGAAACCCACGACAAAGUACAUUGUGCAAAACACAUUUGUGCCCAAGCCAAUGCGACGCAAUCCGCGUAGCUUUAAUCGCAGCCAGAGCACACAAAGUACCUUCAACAACCCAAAAAACACAGUUAUAACAAUCGAAACACCAAUUAUAAUUGGUGCCGAUCUGCUCAACAGACAGGACUCUGCGAUUAGUUUAGAGGACAACGAUUCGAGUCUAAGUUCUAGCUCCACAGCACAGUUGACACCUGAGAAGCCGCCACCACAAACAUUUGCCACAAUGACACCGAAAGAAGUUUCACUGUGGAUUGAUCGCAAAAUGCGUUUUAUAUUCCCACUCGCAUUCAUUGUGUUCAAUGCGCUCUUCUGGUCGCUAGUCUAUUGUCUAUAGAAGAGCAGGAAGAGAGGAUGUUAAAGUAAAGUAAAUUAAAGUUCAAAUACCUUUUAAGACUGUGCUGUGAUGCUGUGUGGCAAGUUAGUCUGUAGUGUUUAGUAUGUAAAUUUAUGUGUCAUAUAGUCAUAGAGUACUUAUGUUUAUGCUUGCAUUUAAUAAACUCAAUUUGUAUACU